UUAUUCCCUUAUAAAAACCGUUGGAGGUUCAGAAACGUUUUAGAAACAAAAGCCGUUGCAAGUUGUAAAUAAGCUUAAGCGCGCCUAUUAACGUGAAUUUUUCCAAGUAACAGUUUAGAAACGCAAAUAUGUAUCAAGGAAGUUGUGUAAAUCUGUUGGAGCAGCCUUUGGAGCAGGUGCGUCAAUGGCUAGACAGUUUCGAUACCAUUAUUAGUGAUUGUGAUGGUGUUAUUUGGCUGGGCGAUAAUGUGAUUGAAGGCGCCGCGGAAACUAUGCGCCAACUCAAACGUUUGGGCAAACAAAUUUACCUAUGCACGAAUAAUUCCACGCGUACGCGUCAACAGUUAUACGAAAAAGCGCACAACAUGGGUUUCGACAUUAGCGCCGAUCGCAUUAUAUCCUCGUCCUACGCCACUGCCGCCUACCUAAAAGCCCGUAACUUCCAGCGCAAAGUGUACGUUAUAGGCACGGCCGGCAUAACGGACGAACUGAAGGCGGUGGGCAUUAAGCACACUGAAGUGGGCCCAGAUGUUAUGUCCGGGCGGCUGACGGCAUAUAUACAGUCCGGUUUGCGUAAGGAAACGGAUAUUGGCGCUGUGGUUGUGGGUUUCGAUGUGCACUUCAGUUUUUGUAAAAUGAUUAAGGCUUCCGUGUAUUUGUCGGAUCCAAAGUGUCUAUUUAUCGCUACAAAUACGGAUGAACGCUUCCCAAUAACUGGCAUGGUGAUACCCGAUGCGGGCAGUAUUGUGCGCACCGUGCAGACGUGUACGGCACGCGAACCGAUUGUGAUUGGCAAACCGAAUCGCAGCAUUUGUGAGUGGCUAAUUAAGAAUGGCAGCAUUAAGCCAGCGCGUACGCUUAUGAUCGGCGAUUGUUGUGGCAGUGACAUAGUGCUGGGCCACAAUUGCGGUUUCAAGACGUUGCUUGUCGGCACUGGUGUCAAUCAGCUGAGCGAUGUGCAUAUUUGGCAGAAAUCUAGUGACCCAGAGCACAAAAAACUCAUACCUGAUGUUUAUUUGCCGAGACUUGCCGAUUUGCUGGCGCUUAUUUAAACGCAACCAUUAGCAAAAUAUGUUGUUAAAAUUAAUAUUAAUUUGUCAUAUUAUAUACUAUAUUUACUUUUUGCUUGCUUUUGUAUGAAAUUAAUAGGUGAAUACUAUCAGCAUAACUGUAUAAAUAAUUGUAGAAACAUUUUUUAUGAACUCUGUAUGUAUAUACAUAUAUUUUAUGUAACCUCAAAAUAUCAAAA